CAGGCACGGUACUUCCGGUACUUGGCCGCCUCGCUUCCGUCGGAGAAAGCAACAUGGCGGCGCCCGUGUCUUUAUUGCUUGAGUUCGGGUGAGUUGGGCAUUGUGCUGGUGUCGGUGGUCAGGGAGAGCUGGGAAUUCACGGUGUCUGUCCAGGGCUGUUACGAAAAGGGGAAGAAAUAUAAAUGUCCUGGUUACUAAGCUGCUUUCACUUUCUAUACAAGUCAGAAGCGUGUCUGAUGUUACCUGACACAUGCUGGGAAUGGGACACUUCCUAUAGCUGUCCAUGAAGGCUGUCUAUCCAGUAAAUACACAAUGCUGGGAAUGGGACACUUCCUAUAGCUGUCCAUGAAGGCUGUCUAUCCAGUAAAUACACAAUGCUGGGAAUGGGACACUUCCUAUAGCUGUCCACGAAGGCUGUCUAUCCAGUAAAUACAUAAUGCUGGGAAUGGGACACUUUCUAUAGCGGUCCAUGAAGGCUGUCUAUCCAGUAAAUACAUAAUGCUGGGAAUGGGACACUUCCUAUAGCUGUCCACGAAGGCUGUCUAUCCAGUAAAUACAUAAUGCUGGGAAUGGGACACUUUCUAUAGCGCUCCAUGAAGGCUGUCUAUCCAGUAAAUACAUAAUGCUGGGAAUGGGACACUUCCUAUAGCUGUCCACGAAGGCUGUCUAUCCAGUAAAUACAUAAUGCUGGGAAUGGGACACUUCCUAUAGCUGUCCACGAAGGCUGUCUAUCCAGUAAAUACAUAAUGCUGGGAAUGGGACACUUCCUAUAGCUGUCCACGAAGGCUGUCUAUACAGUAAAUACAUAAUGCUGGGAAUGGGACACUUCCUAUAGCUGUCCAUGAAGGCUGUCUAUCCAGUAAAUACAUAAUGCUAGAGAUGGGACCGCACUUCUCCAUAGCUUCAAUCCAGAAGCUGUCCUAUCAAGUAAAUACAUAUUAGCUUUCAGGGAAUGGGACACUUCCUAUAGCUGUCCACGAAGGCUGUCUAUCCAGUAAAUACAUAAUGCUGGGAAUGGGACACUUCCUAUAGCUGUCCACGAAGGCUGUCUAUACAGUAAAUACAUAAUGCUGGGAAUGGGACACUUCCUAUAGCUGUCCAUGAAGGCUGUCUAUCCAGUAAAUACAUAAUGCUGGGAAUGGGACACUUCCUAUAGCUGUCCAUGAAGGCUGUCUAUACAGUAAAUACAUAAUGCUGGGAAUGGGACACUUCUGUCCACGAAGGCUGUCUAUACAGUAAAUACAUAAUGCUGGGAAUGGGACACUUCCUAUUGCUGUCUAUACAGUAAAUACAUAAUGCUGGGAAUGGGACACUUCCUAUAGCUGUCCAUGAAGGCUGUCUAUACAGUAAAUACAUAAUGCUGGGAAUGGGACACUUCCUAUAGCUGUCCAUGAAGGCUGUCUAUACAGUAAAUACGUAAUGCUUGGAAUGGGACACUUCCUAUAGCUGUCCACGAAGGCUGUCUAUACAGUAAAUACAUAAUGCUGGGAAUGGGACACUUCCUAUAGCUGUCCAUGAAGGCUGUCUAUACAGUAAAUACAUAAUGCUGGGAAUGGGACACUUCCUAUAGCUGUCCAUGAAGGCUGUCUAUACAGUAAAUACACAAUGCUGGGAAUGGGACACUUCCUAUAGCUGUCCAUGAAGGCUGUCUAUCCAGUAAAUACAUAAUGCUGGGAAUGGGACACUUCCUAUAGCUGUCCAUGAAGGCUGUCUAUACAGUAAAUACAUAAUGCUGGGAAUGGGACACUUCCUAUAGCUGUCCAUGAAGGCUGUCUAUACAGUAAAUACGUAAUGCUGGGAAUGGGACACUUCCUAUAGCUGUCCAUGAAGGCUGUCUAUACAGUAAAUACAUAAUGCUGGGAAUGGGACACUUCCUAUAGCUGUCCAUGAAGGCUGUCUAUACAGUAAAUACAUAAUGCUGGGAAUGGGACACUUCCUAUAGCUGUCCAUGAAGGCUGUUUAUUCAGUAAAUACGUAAUGCUGGGAAUGGGACAAUUCCUAUAGCUGUCCAUGAAGGCUGUUUAUUCAGUAAAUACGUAAUGCUGGGAAUGGGACACUUCCUAUAGCUGUCCAUGAAGGCUGUCUAUACAGUAAAUACGUAAUGCUGGGAAUGGGACACUUCCUAUAGCUGUCCAUGAAGGCUGUUUAUACAGUAAAUACGUAAUGCUGGGAAUGGGACACUUCCUAUAGCUGUCCAUGAAGGCUGUCUAUACAGUAAAUACGUAAUGCUGGGAAUGGGACACUUCCUAUAGCUGUCCAUGAAGGCUGUCUAUACAGUAAAUACGUAAUGCUUGGAAUGGGACACUUCCUAUAGCUGUCCACGAAGGCUGUCUAUACAGUAAAUACAUAAUGCUGGGAAUGGGACACUUCCUAUAGCUGUCCACGAAGGCUGUCUAUACAGUAAAUACAUAAUGCUGGGAAUGGGACACUUCCUAUAGCUGUCCACGAAGGCUGUCUAUCCAGUAAAUACAUAAUGCUGGGAAUGGGACACUUUCUAUAGCGCUCCAUGAAGGCUGUCUAUACAGUAAAUACAUAAUGCUGGGAAUGGGACACUUCCUAUAGCUGUCCAUGAAGGCUGUCUAUCCAGUAAAUACAUAAUGCUGGGAAUGGGACACUUCCUAUAGCUGUCCAUGAAGGCUGUCUAUCCAGUAAAUACAUAAUGCUGGGAAUGGGACACUUCUGUCCAUGAAGGCUGUCUAUACAGUAAAUACAUAAUGCUGGGAAUGGGAUACUUCCUAUAGCUGUCCAUGAAGGAUGUCUAUACAGUAAAUACAUAAUGCUGGGAAUGGGACACUUCCUAUUGCUGUCUAUACAGUAAAUACAUAAUGCUGGGAAUGGGACACUUCCUAUAGCUGUCCAUGAAGGCUGUCUAUACAGUAAAUACAUAAUGCUGGGAAUGGGACACUUCCUAUAGCUGUCCAUGAAGGCUGUCUAUCCAGUAAAUACAUAAUGCUGGGAAUGGGACACUUCCUAUAGCUGUCCAUGAAGGCUGUCUAUACAGUAAAUACAUAAUGCUGGGAAUGGGACACUUCCUAUAGCUGUCCAUGAAGGCUGUCUAUACAGUAAAUACAUAAUGCUGGGAAUGGGACACUUCCUAUAGCUGUCCAUGAAGGCUGUCUAUACAGUAAAUACAUAAUGCUGGGAAUGGGACACUUCCUAUAGCUGUCCAUGAAGGCUGUUUAUUCAGUAAAUACAUAAUGCUAGGAAUGGGACACUUCCUAUAGCUGUCCAUGAAGGCUGUUUAUUCAGUAAAUACAUAAUGCUGGGAAUGGGACACUUCCUAUAGCUGUCCAUGAAGGCUGUCUAUCCAGUAAAUACAUAAUGCUGGGAAUGGGACACUUCCUAUAGCUGUCCAUGAAGGCUGUCUAUACAGUAAAUACAUAAUGCUGGGAAUGGGACACUUCCUAUAGCUGUCCAUGAAGGCUGUCUAUCCAGUAAAUACAUAAUGCUGGGAAUGGGACACUUCCUAUAGCUGUCCAUGAAGGCUGUCUAUCCAGUAAAUACAUAAUGCUGGGAAUGGGACACUUCCUAUAGCUGUCCAUGAAGGCUGUCUAUCCAGUAAAUACAUAAUGCUGGGAAUGGGACACUUCCUAUUGCUGUCUAUACAGUAAAUACAUAAUGCUGGGAAUGGGACACUUCCUAUAGCUGUCCAUGAAGGCUGUCUAUCCAGUAAAUACAUAAUGCUGGGAAUGGGACACUUCCUAUAGCUGUCCAUGAAGGCUGUCUGUCCAGUAAAUACAUAAUGCUGGGAAUGGGACACUUCCUAUAGCUGUCCAUGAAGGCUGUCUAUACAGUAAAUACAUAAUGCUGGGAAUGGGACACUUCCUAUAGCUGUCCAUCAAGGCUGUUUAUCCAGUAAAUACAUAAUGCUGGGAAUGGGACACUUCCUAUAGCUGUCCAUGAAGGCUGUCUAUCCAGUAAAUACAUAAUGCUGGGAAUGGGACACUUCCUAUAGCUGUCCAUGAAGGCUAUCUAUACAGUAAAUACAUAAUGCUGGGAAUGGGACACUUCCUAUAGCUGUCCAUCAAGGCUGUCUAUCCAGUAAAUACAUAAUGCUGGGAAUGGGACACUUCCUAUAGCUGUCCAUGAAGGCUGUCUAUCCAGUAAAUACAUAAUGCUGGGAAUGGGACACUUCCUAUAGCUGUCCAUGAAGGCUGUCUAUCCAGUAAAUACAUAAUGCUGGGAAUGGGACACUUCCUAUAGCUGUCCAUGAAGGCUGUCUAUCCAGUAAAUACAUAAUGCUGGGCUUUAAUCUGGAGCAAAAGAGUUGUUUUCACUCCUAUACAACCAGUGAGAGCUGGUACAUAAACGUUAAUGUUCUCAUGCAUGUGUCAACUUGGAAAAAAACGAUAUUGUUUUUUAACUGAUGCUAUUUUCACUAAUUUAAUUUGCCUGCUCCCAAAUUUUUAGGGAGGGGUGAGUUUCUUUUAAAAGCGUCUUAUUAGGCACUGUUAAUUAGGUGUGUGUGUGAUCUACAUUUUGUAGUUGGAGGUUGGAGUUACCCGUUAAAAUCAAGCUGAAGGAAAAAUUAAGGCUGUGAGUUUCAGUUUAUAAACACAAGUAGCCAAAAAAUAUUUUGGUCACACGAGAACUGAGAAAUGUUAGAAACAUUAUUAUUUAUUGUUCGUGACAGGUACUUCUUUCCUUGCUCCAAUAAACAGUAUUGAAACAUUUUCUAUGUUGAAGUGUAAUAGGAGUUCACUAUUUCUGGGAAAUUGCACACUACCUUUCAUAACAGAACACUAUCGUGACAGGAAUACAAACCUGUAUUUCUGUCAGUAUAGCUGUGAAAACACAGUUUAGGCCCCCAGCCCACGUUCAGCUUAGUAAAAGUGAUUUUACGUGCCUAUAUUUUAACGCCGCGCGGCUCUGUUGCAGCUGACUCCGCCUCCUUGGCUGAGAUCAUCAUACUUGAUGAUCUUAUCCAAUCCAACGAUUUCCAAUAGAAAAGGAUUGGUAGGCUAUUACGCAUGCACAGCAAAACAGUGCGCUGUGCCAAUCCGCAUCUCCUCAUAGAGAUGCAUUGACUCAAUGCAUCUUAAUGCGUUGUGUUCAGCUCCUCCAUUAUCUGAAAAGGCAGUGUUUACAUUAAAAUGUUCGCAGGGACAUGCUGUAGACACCAGAACCACUGCAUUAAGCUGUAGUUGAUCUGGUGAUUAUAGUAUCCUUUUAAAUGCCAUUGUGACUCCCAGAUUUCUACAGGAUCAUGGACCACGGAUAACAAAUAUAGAUCCAGUUUUUAAAAGAUAUUCUUAGCGUCAUAGCCACUACAGCCUCCUAUAGUGUUUAUGAUGCCAAGUGUCCCUUGGUGCCUUUCCACUUUUAAGAUUGAAACAAUUUUUAAAAGAUUUGACACUUAGCUGGUGUCCCCAGUUAAAGGACCACUAUAGUGCCAGGAAAACAUACUUGUUUUCCUGGCACUAUAGUGCCCUGAGGGUGCCCCAAUCCUCAGGGACCCCCUCCCGCCGGGCUCUGGGAAGAGGAAGGGGUUAAACUUACCUCUUUCUCCAGCGCUGGGCGGGGAGCUCUCCGCCUCCUCUUCGGCUGAAUGCGCAUGCGCGGCAGGAGCUGCGCGCGCAUUCAGCCAGUCUCAUAGGAAAGCAUUCAUAAUGCUUUCCUAUGAACGCUUGCGUCUUCUCACUGGGAUUUUCACAGUGAGAAGCACGCAAACGCCUCUAGCGGCUGUCAAUGAGACAGCCACUAGAGGCUUUAGAGGCUAGAUUAACCUAUUUGUAAACAUAGCAGUUUCUCUGAAACUGCUAUGUUUAUAAAAAAAAGGGUUAAUCCUAGUUGGACCAGGCACCCAGACCACUUCAUUAAGCUGAAGUGGUCUGGGUGCCUAUAGUGGUCCUUGAAUUUUUUUAUUUUUUUUACCAAUUAGCAAUAUUUAAUCCAUCAAUAGGUAGACAAAAUUAAUAUGGCUAAUGCAGAAGGGGAAUUUAACUUUAGCAAUAUCUAUAAAGAAGGGCCAGAUUGCAGGCAUCACCUAAGUAACUGUGAAACAGUGAGAAGGGACCAGGGGACUCAGAGGGGCAAUUUGUAUCUUCUGCUUUGAAAAUGUACAAAUAAAAACGUUUUUGGAAAAUAAAUGCACAACUAUUAGCUAACUAAGUAUUUAGAAUGUCCCUUUACGUCUUAAGUAUAAGACCUCUUUAACAAUGUGAUUUUUUUUUUGUCCAUUAAUUCAGUAUUUUAUACAUUUUUUGUAAGCUCUCUAUCCUCCCUUUUGUCAUAACUGAAUGAGUCACUGUCAACAAAAAGCAAAAGUGUAGAGGAAAGUGCAAAAAAGAGUGUAAUAUCAACACCUGCAGCUGACUCCGCCUCCUUGGCUGAGAUCAUCAUACUUGAUGAUCUUAGCCAAUCCAACGAUUUCCAAUAGAAAAGGAUUGGUAGGCUAUUACGCAUGCACAGCAAAACAGUGCGCUGUGCCAAUCCGCAUCUCCUCAUAGAGAUGCAUUGACUCAAUGCAUCUUAAUGCGUUGUGUUCAGCUCCUCCAUUAUCUGAAAAGGCAGUGUUUACAUUAAAAUGUUCGCAGGGACAUGCUGUAGACACCAGAACCACUGCAUUAAGCUGUAGUUGAUCUGGUGAUUAUAGUAUCCUUUUAAAUGCCAUUGUGACUCCCAGAUUUCUACAGGAUCAUGGACCACGGAUAACAAAUAUAGAUCCAGUUUUUAAAAGAUAUUCUUAGCGUCAUAGCCACUACAGCCUCCUAUAGUGUUUAUGAUGCCAAGUGUCCCUUGGUGCCUUUCCACUUUUAAGAUUGAAACAAUUUUUAAAAGAUUUGACACUUAGCUGGUGUCCCCAGUUAAAGGACCACUAUAGUGCCAGGAAAACAUACUUGUUUUCCUGGCACUAUAGUGCCCUGAGGGUGCCCCAAUCCUCAGGGACCCCCUCCCGCCGGGCUCUGGGAAGAGGAAGGGGUUAAACUUACCUCUUUCUCCAGCGCUGGGCGGGGAGCUCUCCGCCUCCUCUUCGGCUGAAUGCGCAUGCGCGGCAGGAGCUGCGCGCGCAUUCAGCCAGUCUCAUAGGAAAGCAUUCAUAAUGCUUUCCUAUGAACGCUUGCGUCUUCUCACUGGGAUUUUCACAGUGAGAAGCACGCAAACGCCUCUAGCGGCUGUCAAUGAGACAGCCACUAGAGGCUUUAGAGGCUAGAUUAACCUAUUUGUAAACAUAGCAGUUUCUCUGAAACUGCUAUGUUUAUAAAAAAAAGGGUUAAUCCUAGUUGGACCAGGCACCCAGACCACUUCAUUAAGCUGAAGUGGUCUGGGUGCCUAUAGUGGUCCUUGAAUUUUUUUAUUUUUUUUACCAAUUAGCAAUAUUUAAUCCAUCAAUAGGUAGACAAAAUUAAUAUGGCUAAUGCAGAAGGGGAAUUUAACUUUAGCAAUAUCUAUAAAGAAGGGCCAGAUUGCAGGCAUCACCUAAGUAACUGUGAAACAGUGAGAAGGGACCAGGGGACUCAGAGGGGCAAUUUGUAUCUUCUGCUUUGAAAAUGUACAAAUAAAAACGUUUUUGGAAAAUAAAUGCACAACUAUUAGCUAACUAAGUAUUUAGAAUGUCCCUUUACGUCUUAAGUAUAAGACCUCUUUAACAAUGUGAUUUUUUUUUUGUCCAUUAAUUCAGUAUUUUAUACAUUUUUUGUAAGCUCUCUAUCCUCCCUUUUGUCAUAACUGAAUGAGUCACUGUCAACAAAAAGCAAAAGUGUAGAGGAAAGUGCAAAAAAGAGUGUAAUAUCAACACCUGCUGCUGUGUUACUCCACACAACACACAAUCAAGUAAACAUAAAAACCAGUGCAGGCGGAUGUGAACACUCAAAGGGUAAAAACUGUAAUAUCACCCACUCUGGAACAAGAAAUAGUUCUAUUAAAAAACCUUGUAAAAUAGCAACUUAUAGUGUAGCUUGUCAGAGUAAAACAAAUACAUAAAAGGCAGGUAUUUACACUCACAUACUGCUAAGUCACUUCAAAGUGGACUCAAACUUAAAGGCACAAAUAGAAAUCUCAUCUGUAAUACUCCAAGGACUCCUCCACUUAUAUUGCCACUUUAACCCCUUAAGGACACGUGACAUGUCAUGAUCCCCUUUUAGUCCAGAAGUUUGGUCCUUAAGGGGUUAAAAGAAACCACGUACCAUCAGCUGCUUUCCGCAUAAAUAAUCCAACAUUAUUAGGAAUAGCUAAAAUACAGGUGUAGAACUAUUUCAUGUUCCAGAAUGGCUAAUGUUGCAGUUUUUUACCUUUUGAGUGUUCACAUACACCUGCACUGGUUUUUAUAAAUGAGUAAGUGUGCCUGAAUAUUAUGUUGAAAUAAAGAAAUUAUAGAGCAGGGUUCAAAAUGUCUAGUUGCCACUAGCAAGUUAAAAUUUAGCCCUGGUGUUGCGAGGAGCGCAUAAGGCCUGGCUAGAAGCAUACAAUUUUAGAUUUAAAGUCCUGUUUCUGGAGACCUCAUUCUAGCCACUACUGACGUGGUUCAUGGAUGAGGACAAGGAACUAAUACCAAAGCUAUGCUGUACAUGGUCUCCGUCCAUUCUUGUAGUCCGCACGUUUGAUGUACAUGAUGUUUUUUGUAGCUUUGUAACUUGCUGUGUUAGCACAUAGAACACAAUUUGCUUAAAAGCUAACUUACUGUGGUCUGCAGUCAUAUAUUCAACAUUACUGAUUUAUAUCCAGACUCAAUAUCACAUACCAAGACCUUAGACAUAAAUACUCUAGGAUCUGUCUAACUUUUUACAGGAUGAUGGCAGCCAUUGGUUGAAGUAGAUUGGGGUUAUCAUUUAGCCAUGUCCCAAUUACAUCACUUUUUUCAAUUUAAAUAUGAUUACCUACGCAAGUACUAUGAAAUUUGACAAUUGUAUUUGAACAAAUGUCUUCAUGCGGACUGGCAUGUACGGCAAAUUAUUUUUAUAUAUUUGCCUUUGUUUCCUGGCAAACCUGAUUUUUAAGAAAAAAAAAUAGCCAUGAUUCCUACCACAAUCUGGCUUAUUGGUGGUGACUGCAAGCAAAAACAAAACUUGUGGUAACUGACUCAAAUGUGCAAACUGUAAGGAACUUGCUUUGGGAAGCACUGAAACAUACAUACAAGAUAGCAUCACCCAUUAACCCUGUUCAUUUAGCAGAGUUAGAUUGAAUCAUACCUCUUUACUAAGACUAACAAUUAUUAUUAUUAUUGCCAUUUAUAUAGCGCCAACAGAUUCCGUAGCGCUUUACAAUAUUAUAAGAAGGGGGAUUUAACUAUAAAUAGGACAAUUACAAGAAAACUUACAGGAACGAUAGGUUGAAAAGGAGCUUACUUACAAGGCUUACAAAUUCUGCCACCCUGUGUGUUGUCAAGUUGAUUGGCUGUCCUGUAUAAUGGGAGACACAGAAAGUGAAGGCAUGUUACUUAGAAGCAUUCAAGUUGACAAACAAUGCUUUUCUCAUUGUAAUGGUAUCCUAAAAUCCCAUAUAUCAUUCUAACACAAUGGUGAGUAAUGCCUGAAACUCACCAUUGUCGCUCAUCAUGAGACAUUAGACAGCCAACACAACUCUCUAACCUGUUACUGUUGAUAACUUCCAUUACAUGUUGUUCAUACAUACUCUAAGUUACAGUGCACCUACAAAUCUCACAUGAUGGCAUUUUAUAGCGCAUACAUAUUUGCCAUCUUUGGGUGCACUCAGUAAUUUAUUUCAUCUGUAUAUUUUACUGACUGGCAUAUUUAUCUGUGUGUGUGUGUGUGUGUGUGUAUGUAUGUGUGUAUAUAUAUAUAUAUAUAUAUAAAACCUAUAAUGACUAUGUCCUGGUAGCAUUAUAAAAUGAUUUACCAUCAGAAUGGCAGGUCUCUGAGAUAAAAGUAGUUUAGCAAUAGUGGUACAACAGGACAUAAUACAAAAAUGUUUUUUUUAAAAGCACGUGUAGAAAAAAUACCAUAAAGAUAGAUUCUAUUGAAAACUUUAACCAUAGAAACCAUACAGAGCGGUCAGACAAGUUUCCAUUAAAAUGGUCAGUGUCUUGAAGCUGAAACUAAACAAAACAAACAAAAUUUUAUAAAAUUGUGUCUAUGUAUAAUAUAUAUAAUUGACAUUAACUUCAAUGCUUGUUAUUUUAAAAUGUGUGGCAAAAAGUUAACUUUUGCAAGGGUGUGCGAUACAGCAUAAUUGAAUCCAUUCUGGCACAUCCAGAGUUAAAUUUACUGGUGGCUCCUUUCGGACAUGGAUUAGAGAAUAUCUAAGCAACACUUAGACUGAGCAUGUGCGCCUUUUUUUUCUUCUGUUCUGACCUUUAAUCCUUAGGCUUUGUGAUUAAUUCAACCCUUUACUGUACUAUUAGAGAGGAGAUGAUCUAUCUUCUCCUCCUCCUCCAUAAGCAGAGGGGUAAAACACAUUAAAUGCAAGCUGCGGGUUUCUUCGUCUUUGCAUGCAGAAUUUGUUUUACUUUCCAUUGGGACCCUAGAGAGCAUGACAUAGAAAUGCUAAUAUGUAACCGCGGUCGCAGGGGAGCCUGCAGGGAUUCCUUUGUCUGCUCUUGGCUCUGUUAUGGCACUUUACUGUGUGUAUUUGUAUCGUCCCCUCCACUGUUGAAUUGAUGUCAGGGCAACUCAUGUUUUUAUCAUCUUAUUUCAGUGGUGGCGCAGAACUGCUGUUUGAUGGCAUCAAGAAGCAUAAUGUGACUCUGCCUAACCAAUCAAAUCCUUGUGAGUAAUCUCUCUAGAGACGUUUUAGGGAUACACCUUUUUACGCCGCCCCUACAUUUCCGUUAAACUACCAAACUGUUUUAUCUGUCUGAUAGUUUUACUUAAUUUAAAUGUUAGAAGUGACUCGUGUCCUGAAAACCUCCUAAAAUAAAUGGAUUCCUUUGCCAGUGCCCACAUUAGUAAAUUUAGCACGUUCAGUCUGUACAUUGAACUAGUUAAAUUGGCAGUAAAUCAAGAGAAUAAAUCAUAUGUUUACUUUAGCUUGCUUCCUACGAGAGUGCCAAGAUAUGCUAUGUGUCUCAUGCCGCAGUCGUACGUAGUUUUUACCUGUAUGAGUUCAGUAUAGAAGCAAGAAAUAAAAUCUUAAUUUUAAAUAUUAAAGUUUAUUUAUAACUUAAUGCUCCAUAAAGAGCCUUCAUAAUAUAUUAUCAUUAAAGGUGCACUGUUGGUGUUUGCCUUUGCCCCUAGAUUAUACUUUCUAUAUUUAAGAUGCAGUUCGCUUCUACACUACAGCAUGACUAUGUUACACUUUCAGGAUGUACUCAAUGGUAAAAUGAAAUGCCAAAUGCAGUGAAUUGUAAGACAACUUACAAAAAUAACAGAGUUUAGAAAUAAGAUCACUUCUCCUUGGUCGAGAUGGAGAUUUUAUUCAGCACUGCCUACUGCGGCUUAACUUUUGACAUUUAGUUGUCAGCCGAGCACAACUCUCUAUCUAGUGGAUAACCACUUAGGGCUUACGACAUUUGUGAAAUUACAAAAGUGCCAUAGAUAAUUGGAAUGGCUUUCCAGCAGAGGUGGUAGUAGGAAGUGCAGUAAGGCAGUGUUUCUCAAACUUUUACAGAGAAAUACCCCUGCAGGUUUAAAAAUAAAUAAAAAUAAAUCUCUGCUUCAAGCUAGUAAUCUCCAUGAUUUAAAUUCAAAAUGAAACGGUUUAAAUUAAUCCCAUAUGGGAGAACAAGCCAGAUUUAAGGUAGUAAAGAUUAUUUUUAAUAUAAAUAUAAUAUACACACACAGUUAUACACAAAGUACACUGACACGCAUAUUUACACACAGAGGUCACUGACGCACACACACACACAUUUACUGACUUGACACACUCACUGAUUUGACACACUGACAGACACUCACUGACACUGUCAGACACACCCUUGUUCACAGACACACACACACACACACUCACUGACAUACAUUCUCUCAAACACACUCACAAAUUUUAUAUAUAUAUAUUUUAUUUAUAUUUAAGUUAAUGCAGGCUUCCUGCAAAGCUGGAGUGGAUCCUUUCCUACGGUUCAAUGGGGAUCCUUUCUCUGGGAUCUAGUGUGGACAUCUUUGUGCUUUUCAAGCCCUUCUCUCUCGCAAGCUGUUUGGUAAUGCUGGGGCCGGAGUUACGUCAUAACCUGGCUCCUGGCAUCACCACAGGACGCGAGGGAGCGGUGGUGGAAGAGCAGAGAUAUUACGCUACAGUGCUACCCGACUUCAUUCUCCACUCUGGACAAAGCACAUUUGAGCAGAGUAGGCACCUGCCAUCCGAGUAAGCAGGUGCCCACUGUGCCUUUGUGCACGGCCUGCCAGUUUCUGGGUACUCUUACCACAGGUUAAGAACUUGUGCAGUAAGGUAUCAAGGUAUGUAUGCAAAGGAAAUGAUUUUAGGAAAAUUGGCAGAUACAAUGGACCAAAAGGUUAACGCAGAAUGUCUUGGUCUGGAGUAAUGAAUGCAAAAAUUUUAUUUUGCUUUGUUUUUUAAUCUUAUUUUCAACAAACUGUACCAACAAAUCCAGUAGACCGACAUAACACAAAUGGUACAGUGUGUGACACAAGGAUAUUUUGCUACAUAGCCAUAGGCCAUGAGCUAAAGUUAAAUAUCCAUAGACCCCUAAUGAGUAAACAUUGACAGGAAACAACUGAAUGCAGUUUUAUUAUGAUCUGAGCUGUAUUACACGGCUGCAUAAUUCAACAUGUUUGGUCCAGAACAUUUCAUUGGGGGUUGCUGAACACAGAGGUUGAAUGAAAGAUGCUAUGGGAGAACCUGCCAGCAGUACAUGUCAUUCCUACCAUUCACCUUCUGUCUCUAUGGAAUUUAUUGUCAUGAUACUGCAUAACGGGGACCCUGUUGUAAGCUAUUUAAACUGAUUAGAAUGCAGUUCACAUAGCUCAUGGUGCCAGCUGUUCCCAUGUGUGCCCCUCCCUCUUCCCUUUUCCUUCUGCCUCUCUCCCCCCUCCUGCUAACUGACCGGCACUGUUUGCACAACUCUGAGCCCCCUGUGCGAAAUUGCUUUUCAAAAGGAGCACUUUCUGCUUAAUUAAACAAAGAGUCAACACAUCUGUGAAGUUUUUCUGCAUCCUUAUUGUUCCCCCCUACUGAUCGCCUCUUAUCCCCUUUGCACCUCCCAGUUACUCAGAUCCCCAAUCCAGGAUGCCCUGGCAGCCUGCAUAUCAGUGUACGAGCACCUUUCUCGCUUAUGUUGGUACUUUUUUUCUAAAAGCCUCCACUCCUCCAGGGUGUCUGUGUCAGUGAUGGCUUACUUAUUGCACUAAAGUUGUUGUGGACUAUAUUUCUCAUGGAGCUCCACAACCAUAUAGGAGAAAGUCAAGCACAAUCAACCUUUUGCUGCCUCUGAUCUAUAUUAAUAAGCACUGCAGACAAUCCCAUCUCUGCUUCAGUUCAUUUGCCAGCAAUUUAUUGAUUUUACCCAUUUACCUCAAUGACGUACCCUAGCCUUUGCCAACUUAAGACAAGCAAAGAAUCAUGGGGUAUGUAGUCUGACUCUCUUUCACAGAGUCCUAGCUAGUAUAAUUCUGUAUUCAGGAGUGAACAUCCUGACACUUUAUUUUCCUUAUUUGCAGGACUUUUUAAAAACAUCAGUGAGAACUAUGUCCUUCUACUCUCAUUUAUAUUCUAGUAAUAUCAAAGCUGGCGCACUUUAACUAUUACAAUACAAAUAAAUGUAUGCAGUCAUGCCUGAUCCAUGCUCUCUAUUUAGGACCUCAUGGUGGAAUCUUGUGUUUCUUGUAAGGUCCUGUAGCUCCUGAGAGUUUUUGGGCGUUUUAAUCCAACCACAGUCAGAAGGACAUGGCCUAACAUUAGAGCUCUAAGUUGUGCAGUCCAUCACUUCACUUUGAUGGCUAAUACAAGUGCUUAUGGAUGUUUUGUAGUGCUGUCAUUACUCUUUUAUUAUGAACAUUUAUUUAUUGUAGUAUUUGUAUGUUUUCCAUUUUUUUAAUAUAAAAUCUAGGUAGUUGGAAAUGUUCACCUUCAUGAGAUUGAACAUUUUUAUUUUAAACCUAAUUCAUUGGAAAAAUGAGACCCAACAUAGUGUGAACUUCAUUAACAAAAGGAGAGAAAAUGAAAAAGGUUUCUUUUAUAAAGGAAUGUCCUCUUGGGUAAUCAUUAAAUACAUUACAGCAGCAGAGCAGCCCCCCUUUAUUGUUGGGUCCAGGCCCUGCGGAGGUGAGAUACAGUCGUGCUACAUUUUCACUUCUGUUACUGAUUAGACAGGGGGACGUGGAGAAGGAUCCCUUCCCAGGAAUGGAACAAUAGGAGAAACGCAGCAAUGCCGGCUUUUCCAUGGUAACGCCCCAUACAAUAGCUUCCCUGGACCGAGAAUGUGGGCGGGUGGGAGUUCGGGCAGAGCUUGCUGACCCUUUCCUGAGUCAGUCUGAUAAACGAGCUUUCGCAUCCCUGCUCCUGACCCUUCUGUGACCAGCAAUGCUACUCAUCAAAAUGCAGCAUCGAUGGAUUCCAGCCGGUCCCACGGCGUCGGCGUCUUCUCCUAUCCACCAUGUUGGGUGGACUAAAUAGUCGCUGUAUUUGCUGUGAACCAUGUCACAUGGGGGACAUACCUUGGUCUGUUAGCACUUUACGUUGGUUAAAUGGUAGCCUUGAAAAAGGGUGGACAGAAAAUAUAACAUUUUUCGGUGAACAUGUAAUCCUUUGAAACAAAGAGAGAGAGAAUUAUCAUAGUAACAUCACUUAUCAUUUGACUUCUCAAAAAAGUUUUUUUUUAAAUGUUUUUUAUUUUUUCAUCCCCUCCACCCCUCCCCCCCCCCCAUUUCUCUGUAUAUAUAUUUUUUUUUUUUUUCAGUUUUCCCCUUAUAAUGCAGUUGUUCCAGUAAAUCUAUGCUCCCUAACAUUGAUAUGAUGUCAGAAAUACCACUAGCUUCAAAAGACUGGCAUACAGUACUUGCAUAACAAUAUUUGUCAUUUUCAUUACCCCUUUAACCCCUUAAGGACCAAACUUCUGGAAUAAAAGGGAAUCAUGACAUGUCACACAUGUCAUGUGUCCUUAAAUGACCACACCCAGACCACUUCAGCUCAAUGAAGUGGUCUGGGUGCCAGGUCCAGCUAGGUUUAACCAUUUUUGCUGUAAACAUAGCAGUUUCAGAGAAACUGCUAUGUUUACCUAUGGGUUAAUCCAACCUCUAGUGGCUGUCUCAUUGGUUAAACUAUAAAUGUUAUCUAGAAAAGUUUCUUUAUGGUAAAAAAUUAUAAUAAAAAAGCAAAAAAAAUACAUCGUGAAUUUAAGUGAAAUGAUAAUGCAUAUAACGGUACUAUUACAUUUUAGAAAUUAAUAAAUAUGAGCCUCUAAUGAAGUGUAUUUUGAACUUUCUAACAAAAUAAAUGAGAAAAAGAAAAUAGUCCACGCAACGUGUUUUUAUUCUUUUCAGGGAACAUCAGACAGUUGUUGGUCUGGAUCAAACAGAAUCUGUUGAAGGAACGCCCGGAGCUGUUCAUUCAGGGAGAGACAGUGUAAGUCUCUGGUUGGGAGAAUUUACUGGGAUGUUGGAAUCACUGAAACUUUAUAGUGGUAACAUAGUCUUAUUUAUUUAUAUAUAAAUUGAUGUAUUAGUUUUAAUUAAUUGCCUAAUGGGAAUCACAAGUAUAAUGCUCACAGCUACUUAAAAAAAAAAAACACCACCACACUAAAGGAACUUUUUAAAAUAACUUUUUAGUAGAUACACCCCCAAUAUCAAUAUGUAUGUGUUUAUUUUUUUUUUUUUUUUCCAGUAGGGUUUAUAUUAGAUAUCUAAGAUCUCAUGUCUGAAGCCUUUGCAAGUCCUUUCCUUGUCUACAAGUCUGUGCUGGCUAAUGCUCCAAUCAGAGGCCUCUCAUUGAAAAGCCUCUGUGCUAGAGCCACCAGCGCACGCAAUGAUGGCUAUCCAAAGCUUUUCAAUGAGAUGUAAUACAAGAGAGAGAACUCUCAAUGUAUCCUUCCUGGUAAAAUAGUUUAUAAAUAAAUGUAAUACAACUAAAUGUGAAGGGGAGAAGGCAGGUGCGUGCUAGCAAAGUGUGCCUGCCACUACCAGUAGCUCCGUAUUGCUAAAAGAAGCUGAAGAAUACCUCCCUGGUUUUCUUAAUGACAGCCAGGUAGGUGUUUGCCCCCUAAUAUAAAAGUUCAGAUUUCAAAUGUGUCAGGCUCUAGACUCUAGACACAUAAAGCAUUUCAGAAAGCUGAAGUCCUUUAUGCAUGUGGAGUUUUCCUCUAAGGUCUGUGUUCAGCCUAAUGUAGCCCCAAAGGCAGUGAGCCUGUAACACACUUUGGGGUGGCUUGAGGCAUACACUAGUGUCUCUUUGACCCUUUACACACUCUUUCCGGUAUGUAACGUACUGCAGCUCUGUGUCAAGUGGGAACAACACCAAUUUUAUUUGCUGAAAUAAACUGAACAGAAUUGUAAGGAAAUGAAUAAUGACUUGCCAAAAUAUGUGAUUAGGAUACAUUCUCCAACUCUGCUUUAGCAACAGUUUGGCAGUUUUUAGCUUAAAUUUAGCAAUUUGGGUUUCAAUUCACUACAAUUCAGUGACUGGUCAGCCAUUAUAUCUUUUAGCUAGCUGCACAUUUUUGUGUAGAUUUCACAAUAUUGCUUUAAUAAAAAUAUUAAAAUUUCUUUUGGCUUUGUUUUUCACCUUAGGCGUCCUGGAAUCCUUGUUCUCAUCAAUGAUUCAGACUGGGAACUCAUGGUGAGUUAAAACAGAAUACUAACAUAUAGGUUUAUUGAAUAACAACUGUCACUUUAUGAAUAAAGUGAGACUUCUAGUGUUUCUAAAUGUUGAUCGUUGUGGUUACUACAAAGAAUGCUUUUUAAAAUUUCUUUAGAUUUGUAAAAUCAAAUGGAUGUAAAGGCACAACCUGGCAUAUGAUGCAAAUCGUGUCCAAUUCUGUGCACACAUAGAAUACAAUUUCACUUAGAUCAUUGAAGACUUAAAGGAAAGGGCAUUUAUUUGUUUAAAAACACUGGACAGAGAGGCCAAACCCAAAUUAUACUUUGAUCCUUUAAAAUAAAGCUUACUUUUAUAAACGUUGUACAUAAAUUGUGUGAAUGUAAUGAAAAGGAUAUUACAAUAUAUGUAAAAAUAACAUGGGUGAAAUCCAAAAGAACAUUGUAAUCUAAAUUAUAAUUACGCUACAUAUCAAUGGAACUAUAGCUACUGGAGCGGGGUUAUGAGGCAGAAAUCUGCAAAAUAAAUUACCGGUAUUUAAGUAAUUUCUUUUUUUUUUGGACAAUCUUUAUUUUAGGUGUUUUAGCAUUCAACGUCUUAGACACAAAAUGUAGAAUAACAGAAACAUGAAAGGUGUAAACAUAUAGUGUUACCAUCGAAAAAAAAAGACAUAAAUAGAGUUAUUAUAACAUCUAUCCCUGUCGCCAAAUUGUGUAAUCAUCAAACGCUAAUCUGAUUUCACUUGAGGUUUAGGACUAAGCAGCUGCUGGUCAUCACUAUUCCAGAGUGGUGGAAACAAAGAUGUACGAAAUAUGCAGAGGGAAAGGAGUAGGGGGAGGAAGGUUUUACCGUUCUGUAGUCCCCUGAGGUACACUGUGAGUGUAUGCUCUAGGUCACUAUGUGGGAGUUGAAAUGUAUGUAGGCCACGGCAUCCACAACUGGGAACAUUUGUCUACUUUACUAUGUAAUGCUGCAUCUCCAUGGCGUAUCUCAUCUUCCCUGUCCUGACACUGUCCGAGGGUGGGAACCUCUUGCUUUUUCCAGAGAAGCGGUAUCAGGGCCUUUCCUGCUGAGUAGAGGUCUAGCAAUGUUUUAUUUGUACUCUGCUGUAGGAAGGGAUGUAUACUGUAAUUUCUCCUCAUUGCAGGAAGUCUACAGUCAUUCAUUUUGUGGAAAAGCUGUGUUGUAAUAUUGCAUGGUUAAUUCAGAAAUGCUAAGCUAUGGUCUUGCAGGACCAAUGCGGUUGUAACUGCUUUAGGUUCUUUUUUAUGAAGGAGAGUUCCAAAUGGACGGAUAUCUGGGAAUGUCCCAAUUUUAGAACUUUGCAGAAAACAGGCAAUGAUGAUUAUAUUCAUAAUUAACAGCUGGGCUGUAAAACUUGAGAAGAGGGAGGAAAAUUGGGAAAGGGGUAGUAAAAAUGGAGAAUGUAGAAUGAAAGAAAAAUAAAUUAAAUGAAGGAGAUCCAAAGAAGCGAAAAGAGAAACUAAUUUUAAGAGAACAGCCAUUUUUAAUGUUUCUUUAUUGUUAUAUAAAUGUUAAUAUUUUUUUCUUUCUGCUACUCCAUGAGGUUGACCUAACAGAGGGAGCCAUAAAAUACCUGCAGUUGCACUUUUAUUGAUUUAUAUUACUGUCAUAAUUAAAUCCUGUUUCAGGUACGCCAUCCUUGCAAUUAGUACACAAUCAAAUAUGAUGCUUAGUUUCCUUAAAAUGUUGCCCUGAUUUCCAGUUAUGGGUUUUCUUCUACAUAUCAUAAUGUCCUUCAAAAAAGAGAGCUUUAGCUGUAGAAAAGAAAAUACACCUUUAAAAAAAAAAAAAAGUUUGUAUUCUUUUUAAAUCUGGCAAGGGAUGAAUAAUUACAGAUCUACUUAAUUUUCUUUACUUGUUCUUCUUGUCUCCGUUAAUGUUUUGUCUAUGUGACACUGCCUUAAAGGUGGCUACUAAAAUAUAGAAUAUAUUGUUUAAAUCCAGGUAUCAAAUUGCAUUACAUUCGCUCCUUUUGUGCUUUGCUUUCUGAGAUCAGCGUACAAUCAAUAUGUUAUUAUUUUAUAUUGCAUUUACAUUGAACUAAUGUUCCAUUUCUUUGUGUUUUUGCAUUAAUCUGCAUUAUUAGUUCUAUAUAUGAGUAUGUGACCACUUUAUUAGGUAUACUUGUUUGUUAAAACAAAUAGGCAAACAGGGAAUCAGUAUCCAGGGCUUACAGUAUAAAUAAAUAAAAAUAAAAUUCAUCAAGAGGAAGAACUGUGGAUGAAAAUAGCUUGACGUCGGAGUCGAAUGGCCUGACUUCAAAUUCUUAAGAAAAAAGUCACAAACACUCUUGGUUGGGGUGUGAUGAUAUGUAUUGCUGAAUGCACACCACAGCAGCAGAAGAGCAUGUUGAGUGCUACUUGUGAGCUAAAAACAGGGAAAUGAGGUCACAGUGUCUGAACGCUCCUAUUGUCUCAAAGUGGUUUUAGGAACAUGACAAGACGUCCACGAAUGUGUGGAUGAAAAAUCUCCAAUAUGCAUGAUGCCAUUGAGUUAGACGUGAACAAAAUUCUUAACAAACUUUUCCAGCAAAUUGAAAAAUUCUGAAUGAAGGCAGUCAGGGGUCCUUAUUGUCCUCUGAGUGUAUGACUUAACGUGUCUCCGAUGCUUAAAACUCUUUAUUUUAAUUUAACUAGCUAUAGCUAAUUAAAGAAAGUUUGUCUGGAAUUACUACUGUCCAUCUUUCAUUGGUAAUUCCAGCAAGCUUUUCUAUUGAAUUGAGAAUUCUGAUUCCAUCACAAUUUAUAAAAUCUUUGAUAAUAGUUGCUUAUUGAGGAAGGAAAAAAAAAAAAAGGCAACCAACAACCAAUCAGAUUGUGUAUUGAAGAGUAAUUCCCAGCAUCCCACGGCGCAGGGAAUAGGAUAUGGUUCUUUGAACUCUCUGAUGAUCUGUAACGCAUACUCUGUCCACUGGAAAUCUUUUCAAAAGUAAACCUGCACAGAUAAAAAAAAAAUGAACAAAACAAAGUAUAGACCGUUUUGGCAUGCUACCUGAUGGUGCAAAGACAGUUUCUCAAGUCCAAGCCAUUUUACCACUUUAAUGUCAAAUAUACAAAUGCACAGUUGCAUACAUACACGCUGCUUUUCUGUUGCCAUGCCUAUCUUAAUGUUUUAGAUUUUUGUUCUGUGUAAAUUAUUAUUUCUCAUGCAGGGAGAGCUGGAUUACCAAUUGGAAAAUGAAGACAACGUGGUGUUUAUCUCAACGUUACAUGGAGGAUAAAUAAAGGGACCCAAUGGGAACCAAAAUAUUUUAAUAACUACAAGGUCAGCUCUCGUAUCAGCUUCAGCUGUGAGCAUGAGACACUUCCUGGAAAGACCUACAUUUUCAAAUGGAAUAUAUUUAUAUAAAAACUGCCAUAAUUCUCUGUAAGGAGAUAAUCUCUUCCUGGUUAUAUAUGUUUUUUGUUAUUUGAUUUUAUAUAUCUUUUUUCUUUUGUACUUCUGUACGUUAUUGUACUUCUUGUACAUAGAACCAAGAAUAUCGUGCCUCGUCUCACUUAACAUUUUUUUUUUGUUGCUCAAUUGAUUAUGCCAAAAAGACCCUAAUAAAACUUUUUUUGUAUUCUCAGGUGUGU